CCCGAACACAAACCUCAUCCAAAAUCCACCAAGCCCCAGACUCCCAACCAAUACCUGGCGCGCACAUCCGCGCUAGCUCUCGCCAUGGACGCGGCGGAGAGGAGGCUCGCCCGCGUCGCGGCCCACCUCCUGCCCUCCCACCCGCUCCCGCCGCUCGCCUCCGCGCAUCCCCUCGCGCCUUCUCCCACGGCAGCGUCGUCGUCGUCGCCCGCGGGGGAUAGCUACCGCCGCGUGCACGGCGACGUGCCGUCGGAGCCCCCGGAGUGGCGCGCAUCGACGGACGAGUCCGGGAAGGGCUUCGUUGACGUCAUCUACGAGAAGGCCGUCGGCGAGGGCAUCGCCAAGAUCACCAUAAACCGGCCGGAUAGAAGGAACGCGUUCCGGCCACUGACCGUGAAGGAGCUUAUGCGCGCCUUCAACGAUGCUAGAGACGACAGUUCGAUUGGUGUUAUCAUACUAACUGGGAAGCAGGGAACCAAGGCGUUCUGUAGCGGCGGUGACCAGGCGUUAAGAGAUUCUGAUGGAUAUGUUGACUUCGAUAGCUUUGGCCGCCUCAACGUUCUAGACCUCCAGGUGCAAAUUCGCCGUCUUCCAAAGCCUGUUAUAGCUAUGGUAGCUGGCUAUGCUGUUGGCGGCGGACAUGUUUUGCAUAUGGUGUGUGACCUAACAAUUGCAGCUGACAAUGCGAUAUUUGGGCAGACAGGGCCCAAGGUUGGAAGUUUUGAUGCUGGCUAUGGAUCUUCAAUAAUGUCGCGGUUGGUUGGGCCGAAGAGAGCCCGCGAGAUGUGGUUUCUGUCACGGUUCUACACUGCGGAUGAAGCUGACAGAAUGGGACUUGUGAACACUGUAGUGCCACUUGCUGAAUUGGAGCGAGAAACGGUGAAAUGGUGUCGACAGAUCUUAAGAAACAGCCCCAUGGCCAUUCGGGUUCUGAAAUCUGCACUCAACGCAGCCGAUGACGGCCAUGCAGGUCUUCAGGAGCUUGGCGGUAAUGCCACACUGAUAUUCUACGGCACUGAAGAGGCGAAGGAAGGGAAGAAUGCGUACGUGGAGAGACGACGCCCUGAUUUCUCGAAGUUCCCACGGAAACCUUGAGCUUCACCCAAUGCGUGAUGAUCUAGUAAAAAAAUCUUACUCGACCUCGUUUUUAACUUGGUCAUAAGAGAUGGUACAGUCCUAAAUAAUUGCCAGCCGGUGUAUAUUGUAGAUCAGUAUUGUUUACUACAUGUGGGGCGAUGGAUGAUGGCCGUUCUUUGUCAACCUAUUGGCAUUAGCGAGAAAUGUGAUUUAUAUGAAUAUUCAGAACGAUGAAAAAUAAAGCUGGGUGCAUUUGAUACA